AUGACAAUAUUGGGAAAUCUUGGGGAUUUAUUUCCUUUAUUCUUUUAUAUAUUUAAAGAUAUUUCUUCUUCACCAUUAUCUAACCUAGCUGAAAAUAUUGAAUAUACAAAAAAUGUUAAAGAUAUUGAAAAUAUUGAUAUUAAAUAUAAAGAUAUCAAAAAUGUCAAAGAUGUUGAUGUUAAAUAUGAAAAUAUCAAAGAUGCUAAAGAUGUUGAUGUUAAAUACAAAGAUAUCAAAGAUAUUAAAGAUAUUGAUAUUAAACAUGGAGAUAUCAAAGAUAUUGAAGAUAUUAAUAUUGAACACAAAAAUAUUGAAGAUGCUAAAAAUGUUAAUAUUGAAUAUAGAGAUGUCAAAAAUGCUGAAAAUAUUGAUAUUGAAUACAGAAAGACUGAAAAUUCCAAAGAUAUUAAUGUUGAACAUGAAGAUAUUAACGAUGCUAAAGAUAUAAAAGAUAUUGAAAACACACUGGCAAAUACACUUAAAAGUCCACUUGCCAAAAGAUCUAAAGAUCUAUCUGCAACUCCAAAAAAAUUGAUGAUUUUAUAA